AUGCGGAUCUCAGGCGGGGGUGGUGGGGCCAUGAAGAUGGAAUCAUUUGAAAUUGUCGACCCAAAUAAAGAGCACGCCUACAAGUACAUUAUUACGAUCUCUUCGGCUUUAUCGAUCAUCUCGAUUUUGACGCUUUGUCUGAUCGUUCCCUCCCUCUACAAUCUCGUCGACAACACCUCAAAGUUCAGCAAACAAGAUUUUCUGUAUUGUGAGAAUGCGGCCGCCGAUCUCGAGCUUGAAAUGUCCUCGUUGAAGGAUCGAUUCGUUGACUUGACCAAGAAUCGAACGAAGAGAGGUGGAAACUACGGCCAACACUACAAUCCGAUGAUGCUCGCCGCUGACAGUCCACAGUUUCAAGAGUGUCCUGCCUGUUGUACCCCGGGAGAACGAGGACCGACUGGAGAUUCGGGUCUACCUGGCAUGAAUGGAGCUCCAGGUCCAGAUGGAGCACCUGGACGCCCGGGCACCACACCAAACGCGAGUUGUAUCCCAGAGCGAGUCUUCGAGCCGCCACCAUGUCUCCCCUGUCCACAGGGUCCUCGAGGAGUGCCCGGACAUCCCGGCUUCCCCGGAGAUCCUGGAGAUCCAGGAAUCUCUGGACGACCAGGCGCUGAUGGAAUGCCUGGAAAAGUCGGAGAACCAGGCCCGCCUGGCCCUCCUGGACCACCUGGCCCCAUUGGACCCCCGGGAGACUUUGGACGAACCCCUGAGGCUCACAUCAUUCCAGGACCACCAGGAGAUGCGGGAGAUCCUGGCCCAUGGGGACCACCAGGUCAUCCAGGAACCCCGGGCGAAGACGGCUACCCUGGAACUCCUGGAGAAAAGGGAUGGCCUGGUCCACCCGGCCCACCAGGACCCAUGGGAUCUUCUGGACCACUUGGACCAAAGGGAGAAGAAGGACCGUCUGGUACUCCGGGCACAUGCGUGUGCCAGGAUACAGAAGUCGUGAUGGACGAUGUAAGAGGAAAAGUGGCCGCGCCUAAGGAUUCGUUUACAGCAGGAGCUGGGGAUAGUGGAUAUCCAGAGAAAACCGCUCCCGUUGGAUAUGAUGGAGGAGGCUCUCCAUCAGCCGCCCCAACUCUUCACUCAAAAGUGUCAAACUCUGGUUACGCGAAUGAGACGCCCACGCAUCACACGGCCAACAAUGAAUAUUUAGCCUAUCGCCAUCGACGAAAACGCAAUCGACCUCCCCGCGGGGUAUGCCGACUCCUGUGCCGAGAAAGAAAACGUCAAUCUUUUUCGAAUCUACGACCAGAAGUGAUUGAGGAAGUUGAGAAAAGUGUCGAGUUGAGAUUGAAGAAAGACGAAGAGGAGAUUGAGGUAAUUCAAGCAGCCAAAGUUACCACAAAACGUACUGUAAAAGCCGUCAAAAAACAGAAAAAAGAGAAAAAACGGGAAAACGAAGAGAAAGAAGGGGAAAAGAAAGCGAAAAAGCAAAAGAAAACAACAAAAGAAGUGUACAUUGACGAUAACGGGAACGUCAUCCCGGAGACUCCAAAACGCAAAUCGUUGAUUCUACGCUUUCUGCGACGCGUUUUUCGUCCGAUUCUCCAUCCAGCAAAAACUUUUAGAAGCAAGAAAAAGGUACAAUUGCUGCCUCCUACUCGUUGUGCGCCGAGGACGUCGUAUCUGUGCGGAGCUUCCCCGGGCUCUGGCCAUUCCACCAUGAAAAGACUCAGCGAAACGGGGAGCUGCCCGGCUUCGAAUUCACGUCAAAGGAUAUACCGAUACGUUACCGGAGUACAGAUUGCCUUUAGUGCAAUCUCUUUACUUGUGAUAUGUUUAACCCUGCCCGCUAUGUACAAUCACGUGCAAACGACCAUCGAGUACGUCGAGAAUGAGAUGGCGUUUUGUGAGCAAUCAAACGAGGAGGCGCUUGCUGAGCUCGAGUACGGAAAGAUGAGCAUCAAUGGUACGAAGAGGUCAAAGAGACGAGCCUUUGGAUUUGGCGCAAUGCUCCGACGAAGAUCCUAUGGCGAUGAGGUCACCGGGACGCCUCUUGAAACCGAAUGCCCAGGUUGCUGUAUUCCUGGCCCGCCAGGACCCAGAGGACCAUCCGGAAAGCCGGGAAAACCCGGUAAUCCGGGUCUUGCUGGAAAGCCCGGCAUCCCGGGUACCACUCCAAAUCAGACUUGCCCCCUGAUGACCCAAAGAGAGCCACCACCGUGCAGACCAUGCCCAAAGGGACCACCUGGAAUCAAGGGAUGGCCAGGCUUCCCAGGAGACCCUGGACCGAUGGGACCUCCAGGAAAGAAAGGAGAUGAUGGAGAAGAUGGAGCUCCUGGAGAAACUGGCCCCACUGGCCCACCUGGGUACAAGGGAGGACCUGGUGCACCUGGAGACAAAGGGCCAACACCCGAAGGAGAGCUGAAAGAGGGACCACCUGGAGAUCCCGGACCACCAGGUCCCGUGGGAGCUAGUGGCAUGUCUGGUUUGCCGGGACGGAACGGUGGAAACGGUCCGCAAGGCGACCGAGGUUGGCCAGGCACUCCUGGGGAAUCGGGAGAGCCCGGUUAUCCAGGCCCUGAGGGUUCAAUGGGUGGCCUGGGUCCACCUGGCGAACCUGGAGUCUGCAUCUGCCAAAAUGUCGACUCAAUCAUCAUGGUAAACCCUGGAAGUCAACCGCGAAUCCAAGCCGCCGACUACAUUCCACAUGGUGGCUCUGGGGGCUAC